AUGGCGAUAGCCCACGUAGCCACCGAGUACGUUUUUUCCGACUUUUUGUUGAAGGACCCCUCCACGGAGGCCAAGUACAAAGGGCUGCGUCUGGAGCUGGCCGUGGACAAGAUAGUCACAUUUCUAGCGGUGGGGCUGCCUUUGUUUCUCAUCUCCCUCGCUUUUGCUCAGGAGGUUUCAGUCGGUACCCAGAUCAGCUGCUUUGCUCCUACAAAUUUCUCCUGGAGGCAGGCUGCAUAUGUGGACUCGUUUUGUUGGGCAGCAGUACAGCAACAAGCGGACAGCUCACCACUAUGGCUGCACAAGUUCUUCCCAUACAUCCUGCUCUUACUGGCCGUCCUCAUGUACAUCCCGGCUCUGUUCUGGCGUUUCACCGCAGCUCCGCAUCUCUCCUCCGACCUGAGCUUCAUAAUGGAGGAGCUCGACCGCUUUUACAAUCGUGGCAUCAAACUGGCCAAGAAUCUAGCAUCCAUAGAGAGCAAAGACACAACCGAGGACGCGAACAAAAGUGCUUUGGAUCUGACUGAAAGUUGCUUCAAAUACCCUUUAGUGGAGCAAUAUCUGAAGACCAAGCGCUUUUCUCACCGUCUCGUGGUCAAGUACCUGACAUGUCGAGGCCUGACUCUGCUGAUCCUCCUGCUGGCCUGCGUCUACCUGGGCUACUACAUCCGCCUGGCCUCUUUCACUGACGAGUUUCCCUGUGACCUGCAGACGGGGCUGCUGAGGAACGACAGCACGGUGCCGUCUGCUGUGCAGUGUAAGCUGGUGGCAGUGGGCGUCUUCAGGCUGCUCAGCUACAUAAAUUUGGUUGUUUAUGUGCUUAUCACUCCCCUGGUGGUGUACGCCGCUCUCGGACCUGCUCGCCAGAGCUCCAGCUUCCUCCGGCCUUAUGAGCUGCUGCCGGGCUUUGGUGCUCUGGGUGUGGUCACGCCUUUCUACAACGACCUCAGUAUCUACCUGUUGUUCCUGCAGGAGAAUCUGAGCGAGCUCAAGUCAUUUAAGUGUCUGCAGGUGCUGGAGUUGCUGCAAGAGGCGGGUGAUGAGGGGUUUGACACCAUGUGCCUGCUGCGAACUCUGGGUCAGGUGAAGACUGACGCGUUGGACAGUAAACAGACGUGUUCACGCAAGAACAAAGAAGAAACGGAAACUUCUGCCUUGUAUCCUGAGUGAUUGACCUGGAGAGGAUAAGACGUGCUGUGAUGGAAAAGAAGGACUGUGAAGUAAAUCUGUGCACUUCCUUUUAUCUGGAUUUCUGAUUUCUGUGUUGACCUCCAACAGUAUCAAAAACAUUAAGUGAUUUACAGUCUGCAGUUUGGCCAACAGACAUUUCACCUUUCUGAUGUCUUAAUUGUGAGAACUUCAAAUACUUUUUUUCUGAAAUGAAAUUCUUAUGUUUCUAUUUUUUUCUACGAUACGUGCUACUUUUCUCAGGACCCUAAAUGCCUUCCAAUCAUAAUUUACAAUAUAAGCCAUGUUUCUUGGAUGGAGAUCUGUACAUUAAUUUUUUAGCUGCAAAAGCCUGCUUCCUGCCUUUUAUGUUAGAAUGAGAAAAGUGACUGAAUGAAGGUUUUAGAUGUAUUUAUAUUUGAGGCAGUAUGAUAAUAAGAGUGUAUUAGCGAUUAAUGAAAGCUUAUCCAUCCAUAUAAAUAUGAAUUGUUAGGUGUUAUAAUGCUGCAUUCAAGUGCUCCAUGGAUUGUCCAAUGUCUCGAGGUGGGAAGUUUUUUUUCUAACUUAAGUGUAUUUGUGCUUUUUUAACUAUAGGUCACUCUGCAUGGACAACAACUAACAUUUACAAGCUAAUACCAUAUUACAAAUUAUAUAUGAACAAAAAAUAAUAAGCAAUAUGUGAAUUAACAAAAAGCUUCUGCCAAACAUUCACUUUCAUCCACCAUUUUUCUGUGUAAUAUGACUUCAACUCAGCAUGUUAAAACCAAAAUUUCCCAAAACUCAUUUUUGCAAUUAUUUCAACACCACAUAAAUGCUGGAUAAGAACCACAGUAGCAACUUUGUCUGGACUGAAAAGCAUGUUAUUACUUUUGCGUUCAUGUGCUGUUAACAGCAGGAGGUAUACUGUAUAUGUUGAAUGUAGAACAAGACCGUGUUUUUUUCAAACUGAUGGCGGCUCUGCAUUUGACAUGGACAAUGAAUGAAUAUUCUUAAAGCGUCAAUGUCAAUUGUUGUCGGAGGUAAAGACUUUACACAAUUAAAUCAUGUAGUUGUCAGUUAUAUCUUUAUGUGCCCAGUGCAGACAAGUCAGUGUGAUCAAAUUCCAUUUCACUCCUUAUCAAAUACACUGAUUUCUGAAAAACUUGUGACCAGAAAAUUAGAAACGUCUGUACAAUGCAAUUAAAUGCAAAGAA